AUGGCUACUUCUCAAGAAAUCAACAAGAACGUCAUUCUUCUUCCUCAGACAAACCAAUUGAUUGGGUUAUACUCUAUAAUCCGUGACCAGAAGACCAAGAGAGGAGAUUUCGUCUUUUAUUCCGACAGAAUCAUCCGUCUCUUAGUGGAAGAGGGUUUGAAUCAAUUGCCAGUGGAAGAAGCUACCAUUGAGUGUCACGGUGGUAACCAGUACAAGGGUGCAAAGUUCUUGGGUAAGAUCUGUGGUGUAUCCAUUGUCAGAGCUGGCGAGUCUAUGGAAAUGGGAUUGAGAGACUGUUGUAGAUCUGUGAGAAUCGGCAAGAUUUUGAUCCAAAGAGAUGAAGAAACCGCUUUGCCCAAGUUAUUCUACGAAAAAUUACCCGAAGACAUCAGCGAACGUUACGUCUUCUUAUUGGACCCUAUGUUGGCUACUGGUGGUAGUGCCAUGAUGGCUGUGGAAGUGUUAUUGUCCAGAGGGGUCAAGAUGGAUAGAAUCUUUUUCUUGAACUUGUUGGCAGCCCCAGAAGGCAUCAAGGCUUUCCAAGAUAAGUACCCUGAUGUCAAGAUCAUCACGGGUGGUAUCGACGAAAAGUUGGACGAGAAUAAGUACAUAGUUCCGGGCUUGGGUGACUUUGGAGACAGAUACUAUUGUAUCUAG